GGUUUCGGCAGCGAUACCAGCAGCGGUUCCAUCAUGUCCGGCAGAGGCAAGGGCGGCAAGGGGCUCGGCAAGGGCGGCGCCAAGCGGCACCGCAAGGUGCUCCGCGAUAAUAUCCAGGGCAUCACCAAGCCGGCCAUCCGCCGCCUGGCUCGGCGCGGCGGCGUCAAGCGCAUCUCGGGGCUGAUCUACGAGGAGACGCGCGGCGUGCUGAAGGUGUUCCUGGAGAACGUGAUCCGCGACGCCGUCACCUACACGGAGCACGCCAAGAGGAAGACGGUGACCGCCAUGGACGUGGUGUAUGCCCUCAAGCGCCAGGGCCGCACUCUGUACGGCUUCGGCGGCUAUCUUCUUGGGCAGCAGCACGGCCUGGAUGUUGGGCAGCACGCCGCCCUGCGCGAUGGUCACCUUGCCCAGCAGCUUGUUGAGCUCCUCGUCGUUGCGGAUGGCGAGCUGCAGGUGGCGGGGGAUGAUGCGCGUCUUCUUGUUGUCGCGGGCCGCGUUGCCCGCCAGCUCCAGGAUCUCGGCCGUCAGGCCGAGGCGCCCAGCGGGGCACGCGCGGCCCAAUGGCGCAGCGAAUCUCACGCUGACCAAUCGCGAGGGGCGCAGCGCCGAGAGGCUCCGCACGCGCUCUCCCCGCGGCCAAUCACGGGCAGCGACAGCCGCGCCUCGGCUCCCGGCCCCGCCCACCAGGAGCGGUCGCUCUCCCCACCGCCGCACCCGCCGCUGCUGCUGCUGCCUGGACCGGCGGGACCGCGCUGCCCCAGGCCGCCAGGCUCCACACUGCGGAUCGCCACGGCUGAGCCGAGGAAACAGAGGAAGAAACAGCCGGGAGUUGUUAGAGCGAUGGCGCGCACGAAGCAGACAGCGCGUAAGUCGACGGGCGGGAAGGCGCCCCGCAAGCAGCUGGCCACCAAGGCUGCCCGCAAGAGCGCGCCGGCCACGGGCGGCGUCAAGAAGCCGCACCGCUACCGGCCCGGCACGGUGGCGCUGCGCGAGAUCCGGCGCUACCAGAAGUCGACGGAGCUGCUGAUCCGCAAGCUGCCCUUCCAGCGCCUGGUGCGCGAGAUCGCGCAGGACUUCAAGACGGACCUGCGCUUCCAGAGCUCGGCCGUCAUGGCGCUGCAGGAGGCCAGCGAGGCCUACCUGGUGGGGCUCUUCGAGGACACCAACCUGUGCGCCAUCCACGCCAAGCGCGUCACCAUCAUGCCCAAGGACAUCCAGCUGGCCCGCCGCAUCCGCGGCGAGCGCGCAUAAGCUUUUGUCCGAACGCUACCAUCUAUUUUAAAGUAUUUUAACGAACACAAAGGCUCUUUUAAGAGCCACUACAUGCACGAUAAAAAGAGCUG